AUGACUACAGUAAAUUUGAUUCCACACCUGUCAAACGAAUUUAAGUGCUUGUACGAAGAACCAUUCAAUACAGAUGUUACUAUUCAAGUUGGAGAAGAAGGACACUCAAAAAUCUUCCACGCACACUGGUUGAUUUUGUGCGUACGUUCGUCAUAUUUCAAAAGAGAACUAUCUUAUGAUAAAGAUGACAGCCAAGAAAACUCACCGAGAGACUGCUCCAUUCCCCAUGUUAUUGAACCCAUUAAGCCUGAGACAUUUGAAAAGUUACUUCGUUACAUAUAUACGGGAAUAUUUACUAUUGAGGACGACAUUAAUAGUAAUCUGGAGAUUGUUGAGGGCGCGAAAACGCUUGAACUGAAUCGCUUGAUGGAAACAAUGCAAAGCAAGCUGAUUAAGGAAAAGAAAGAGACCAUACACCAUCGAUUUGUGCGUGUGAGUCGUUUCGCAUCUCAACAUAAGGAAUUUGAAAUUCUUAACGAUUUUUGCAAGGAGACCAUUGAAAACUCUCCAGAGAUUAUAUUUGCUGCCGCAGAUUUCUCAGAUAUUGAUAAUGAAACUCUGGUUGAACUGUUAAAUCGAGAUAUUGAUUUACCUGAAGGUAAAAUAUGGGAACACGUUCUUCGUUGGGGCGUAGCCAAAAAACCUGGACUCGAAUUUGAUUCCUGGAACGAUUUAGAAUGGUCUCAUGCACAUGGAGAGUUUGUGAAGGAUAUACUUAAAGAUUGUGUUCCACUUGUAAGAUUUUUUCACAUGGAUAAUGACGAAUAUAUUGAAAAAGUCGUGCCACUUCUUCAUUUGCUCCCAUACCAGUUAUGGGUAGAUCUAAUUCGUUACAAACAGACUUUUGGUGCAUAUAAACCUAAAUCAGAAAUAUUACCACCUAGAAAAAGAGUGUCAACAAGUAAGGAUGCUGGUACUACCUCAGACUCCUCUGCAAGCACUUCAUACCCGACUCGUGCAAUAGAUAGUCAAAGUGAAUCUUCAAAGCCUCAACCAGAAUCCAGAAGACCACAGACGUCUUUAGGAAUUAAUAUUGACAGUCCACCACCACAGGCAAAAACUAAGGAUGCCUCUCAGAAUGUGUCAUCACUGAUUCUUAACAAUGCACAGAUUCAGUGGCUAUUAAGUAUGACAAAGGGAAUGACAUGCAAGGAGCUUAAACUGAAAGAGUCUUUGUUGACAUCUUUUACAUGCACUCUUAAUUUACUCUAUCGAGGUAGUCAUGAUGGUGAUGAAGCAAGUGUUUUCCAUAAUUUAUGUGAUAAUAAAGGGCCUACUAUUACAGUUAUUAGAACCAAGGAAGAAAAUGAGAUAAUUGGAGGAUACAACCCCAUAAGCUGGAACCAAGCACUUCAGAAAUAUAUGCAUACAUCUUAUAGUUUUCUAUUUGCAAUGAAGUCAAGUGGCAAUGUUUUAAGUCUUUGUAAAUCACCUGCCAUUGCUAUUCGUAAUGACCCAAAUUGUGGGCCAGUUUUUGGUAAUGAUUUGGUUCUCAUUAAUAAUUUUAGUGUUCCUUACAAUCAUACAUAUCAGGAUGCAUAUGAUAAAUCUAUUAGAGGUAAUAGGAACAUGUUUUUUUCUGUGGAGGAAAUUGAAGUCUUUCAAGUUAUUUUUUAG